CUUGAACUGCUGGUGGUUGGUGGGGCGGCUGCCUCUUCAUGCCCUCUCCUUUGUUUUUUGGACUCCCCAGGCCAGGCGUGGAAGGCGCUGAGCGCCAGCGACAAGCGCCCCUUUGUGGAGGAAGCAGAGCGGCUGAGGGUCCAGCAUCUGCAGGAUCACCCCAAUUAUAAGUACCGUCCCCGGAGGAAGAAGCAAGCUAAGAAAAUCAAAAGGAUGGAGCCGGGCAUCUUGCUCCACAACCUGCCCCAGUCCUGCGGCGAGAGCUUUGGGAUGAACCACCGCGGCACCGGCGGGAGCCUUGGCCAUUCGGGCCCCUCCCAGCCUCCCCCGCUCAACCACUUCCGAGAACUGCGUUCAAUGGGAUCGGAUAUGGAGAACUACGGCCUGCCGACCCCUGAGAUGUCUCCUUUGGACGUCUUGGAACAGGCUGAACCUGCCUUUUUCCCACCACAUAUGCAGGACGACUGCAGCGUGAUGUCCUUUCGGGGGUACCACCAUCACCCCCCUCCUCCGCAGAUGGAGUUUUCCCCCGAAAAAAACCUGGGGCGGAACAUGGCAAUGGGAUACCCUCCGAACCCGCCCGCCCACCUGGCCGAAGCCAUGAGGACUCCCCACCCAUCUGGGAUGUACUACAACCAGAUCUGUGCUGGAGCCACCAAUGGGCUGUCGGCCCACCUGGGCCAGCUGUCCCCGCCGCCCGAAUCUCACCAGCUGGAUGGCAUGGAGCACUUGAAUUCCAGCGAGCUGUGGACAGAAGUGGACCGCAACGAGUUUGACCAGUAUUUGAAUAUGAGCAGGACUCGUCCGGAUCCUUCUGGGUUUGCUUAUCAUGUUUCUGUGUCCAAAGUAACGCCGCGGAGCCUUUCCUGUGAGGACAACAGCUUGAUAUCAGCCUUAUCCGAUGCUAGCAGCGCUGUGUAUUACAGCGCCUGUAUUACUGGGUAAACGUUCACCUAAGGGAGAGGUUCGGGGCACACCUACCCGCUGGUUCAACGGUCAUCUCCUCUUCUCAAGGAGCCUGGGAAAUUCAAGGGGAUGGAAGUGCUAGCAAAAUUGUCAACACGGUCCCCGUUCGGGUUCCCAGGAUUCUUUGGGCAAAGCUGUGACGGUUAACCUAGUAUUAAUGUGCUAAUGUAUCCGUAGGAACGGGUUGGAGAAAAAGCAGGGCGCACAGAUGCUAAUCUUUUGCUCCAGAUAGGAACAGCUGGGUCUCCUCUCUGCCUGGGGGUUAGGCCUUUGGCCAGGAAGAAGGAGCCAGAGCUGAGGAGCUGAGGAGCAAAGCUCCUACCAGACGUUUGAAACAAAUCUGGUAAAGAAAACCUCCCAUAAUCCUAGAAGGGCGUCAGCUCACCACCGAAGAAGCCGAGGAAGGGCCUUCUCACACAUUACAGAGCUUACAUUGAGACCUUUCAAUAUCUACUUAGAAGACCCAAGGAUCAAUGGGACCAAUGUCUUUAGUGAGACGUGGUGCUGCGGAUCAUGCCCAGUCUCUUUCCAAUGAGAUAAUGGAUGACAGCUAACCUUCCUGCCUCGUAAUGUGUGAAUCAGCCCUUCGGCCUCCUGCUCUCCAAAGGCAGCAAAGGCAGAAGGAAAACGUCACUCAGUAGGACUCACCCAUAGUGUAGCUGGGGCCCACCCUUUUAAUUACGGGUGAAUUAACACAAUAUGGGGGGAUUCUCCUCCCCCAGAAAAGUGCCCAGGUAGAACGGAGGUGAUGUGCCCCGUGGCCAUCUUAGUCCACCCCAUAAGCACCCCCCCAGUGCACCAGGCUCCCCGAAACCUCUCCCUUGAUCUGUGAACCCUGCAGUAUUUUAGAUUAUCUCAUUAACUGCAUUGCUUUCUUUUUUUAAAAAAACCAAAUAAGGCUGAAGAACGGUUAUACUGUAUUGCUGUGUAGCACAAGGAGAUGUUUCAAAGCAGAAGGAAAAUGCAUUUAUAAGGUGCUGGAAUACUGGAGGGGGGCACUUGUCCCUGAAUUUGGGCAGGUAAUGUGGGGAAGGAAUUCAGACCGAUAUCUACUGAUUCAUUUACGCUAUUCCGUAUUAGAGCACACAGUGCCUUUUGAAUUCCUUUCCCUCUGCGUGGAAGGAAUCCUGUAUUUGUUGCCUUCCCCAUCAACUGUUCCAGUCCCUCUACUGCAGUGUUUCUCAACCUUGGCAACUUGAAGAUGUGCGGACUUCAA